UCUGAGCCAGUCAGCAUGACCGUUUGUCCAAUCCACGUGCGCCGGCGACCAAUCGGAAGUGGGGAGCGUGUGGCCGGGGACGUGGCCGCUGCCGGGUCGCAGGGUCCGGUACGGGGCGCCCGCAGCGAACGAAGGGCCCGUGAAAGCGCCCGGGGGGCCCGCAGCUCAUUGUUAUUCAUACCCACAAAGCCCCGCGGGGGCCGGCCGCGCGCUGAGCCCGCCAUGGCCUAUCACCAGGGCUACGGGGGGCAAGGCUCCAAGCACCGAGUCCGGGGCCCCAUGGUCCCUCCUGCCCCGGACCCCCACCAGCUCUUUGAUGACACCAGUGCUGGUUUCCCACAUGUACAAGGCACUCCCGCUUCAGGAAUCGACAUGGGCUUCAACACCCUCCUGGCUGACCCAAUGGCUAACGUGGCCGUGGCGUAUGGCUCCUCCAUCGCCAGCCAGAGCAAGGACAUUGUCCACAAGGAGAUCCACAGGUUCAUGUCAGUGAACAGGCUCAAAUAUUUUUUCGCUGUGGACACUGCCUACGUGACCAAGAAGCUGGCGCUGCUGCUCUUCCCAUAUGCACACCAGAACUGGGAGGUUCGGUACAGCAGGGACACACCCCUGACACCCCGGCAGGACAUCAAUGCGCCCGACUUGUACAUCCCCACCAUGGCCUUUAUCACCUACAUCCUGUUGGCCGGCAUAGCCCUGGGCCUGCAGCAAAGGUUCUCUCCAGAGAUGCUGGGGAUGUGUGCCAGCACUGCCUUUGUGUGGGUCGUUAUCGAAGUCCUCGCCUUGCUGCUUAGUCUGUACCUAGUGACAGUGCAGAGCGACCUCACGCCCUUCGACCUGCUCGCCUACAGUGGGUACAAAUAUGUGGGGAUGAUCCUUGCUGUGCUGGGGGGGCUGCUCUUUGGCAGUGAUGGGUACUACGUGGCCCUUGCCUGGACAUCCUGUGCCCUCAUGUACUUCCUGGCACGCUCCCUGCGAAUGAAGCUGCACCCGUCCCUAGUGCCAGAUGGGAUGGGGCAUCCCAGGGGCGGUGGGCGUGGUCAGACCUAUGUCACCCUGGGGGCUGCUGCCUGCCAGCCACUUAUCGUCUACUGGCUCACCUUCCACCUGAUCCGCUGAGAUGGGGCAGCAUAGCGUCUGGGGGACAGUCCUUUCCAGACACAUGGACUCCUGGGACGCCCCCAGACGUAGAGACACCCAGGACACACAUCCUGCAAUGCACAGCUGGCGGGGACCACACACAACCUGAAGCAUGGACACCUCAGACCCCCAUGUGGGGUCUGUCAGCCAGAACUCCUGGGUUCUAUCCCUAAUUGGCUGGGUGACCUGAGGCGCGUCCCUUCUCCUGCCUAUGCCUCGGUUUCACCCUCAUUAUGAAGGAGGGAUGAUAACACUAACCUGCCCUCUGGGACUUCCCCAGCCACAUUACCUCGGGUGCAGGGCCCUACCCCCCCACUUCCCUUCUGCUGGUGAGUAUCUGAUCCUUCAGUCCCCUGCGAUGAAAAGUAACCCAAAAAAACAGUGUUUCCAGCAUAUCAGUGUUUUCCUGGAAAACUCCCUCAAAACCCAACACUGGGAGAGAGAGAAUAAAGAGUCCUGACUAACUA